AUGACAAGCAAACGUAAAUCUGAGGCGGCGGUGCCCGCGGAGGAAAGUGACCAGCUGCUAAUUCGUCCUCUCGGAGCUGGCCAAGAGGUGGGAAGGUCCUGCAUCAUCCUGGAGUUCAAAGGCCGAAAGAUCAUGCUGGACUGCGGUAUUCACCCAGGCCUGGAGGGCAUGGACGCGCUGCCUUACAUCGACCUGAUCGACCCGGCCGAGAUUGACCUGCUUCUCAUCAGCCAUUUCCACCUGGAUCACUGCGGCGCACUACCCUGGUUCCUGCAGAAGACCACCUUCAAGGGCCGUACCUUCAUGACGCACGCCACCAAGGCCAUCUACCGCUGGCUGCUGUCGGACUACGUUAAAGUCAGCAACAUCUCAGCCGACGAAAUGCUGUACACCGAGACCGACUUGGAGGAGAGCAUGGAGAAGAUCGAGACCAUCAACUUCCACGAGGUCAAGGAAGUAGCCGGCGUCAAGUUCUGGUGCUACCACGCCGGACACGUGCUAGGCGCCGCCAUGUUCAUGAUCGAGAUCGCCGGAGUCAAGUUGUUGUACACAGGCGACUUCUCGCGUCAGGAGGACCGCCACUUGAUGGCGGCCGAGAUCCCUAGCGUCAAACCCGACAUCCUCAUAACGGAGUCGACGUACGGGACGCACAUCCACGAGAAGCGCGAAGAGCGCGAGGCGCGCUUCUGCAACACGGUCCACGACAUCGUCAACCGGGAGGGACGCUGUUUGAUUCCCGUCUUCGCGCUGGGACGAGCGCAGGAGCUCCUGCUCAUCCUGGACGAGUACUGGCAGAACCACCCGGAGCUUCACGACAUCCCCAUCUACUAUGCGUCGUCGCUGGCCCGCAAGUGCAUGGCCGUCUACCAGACGUACAUCAACGCCAUGAACGACAAGAUCCGCAAGGCCAUCAACGUCAACAACCCCUUCGUCUUCAAACACAUCAGCAACCUCAAGAGCAUGGACCAUUUUGACGACAUCGGGCCGAGCGUGGUGAUGGCGUCCCCCGGCAUGAUGCAGAGCGGUUUGUCGCGAGAGCUGUUCGAGAGCUGGUGCACCGACAAGCGCAACGGCGUCAUCAUCGCCGGAUACUGCGUGGAGGGAACCCUCGCCAAGCACAUCAUGACGGAGCCGGAAGAGAUCAGCACCAUGUCGGGUCAAAAGCUUCCUUUGAAGAUGUCCGUGGACUACAUCUCCUUCUCGGCGCACACAGACUACCGGCAGACCAGCGAGUUCAUCCGAGCGCUCAAGCCUCCGCACGUGAUCCUGGUCCACGGCGAGCAGAACGAGAUGGCGCGACUGAAGGCGGCGCUGAUCCGCGAGUACGAAGACAACGAGCAGGUCCACAUUGAAGUGCACAACCCCAGAAACACGGAGGUGGUCACGCUCAACUUUCGAGGGGAGAAGCUGGCAAAGGUGAUGGGCUCGCUGGCGGAUAAGGCGUGCACGCAAGGCCAGAGGGUGUCUGGUAUCCUGGUUAAGAAAAACUUCAACUAUCACAUCCUCACGCCUUCGGACCUAUCAGAGUACACCGAUCUGAGCGUGGGCACCAUCACGCAGACGCAGGCCAUCCCGUACACGGGACCCAUCUCGCUGCUGGUCAGCCAACUCCGAUGCCUGACAGGCGACGUGGAGCAAGUGGAGCCCGCCGAGAAGAUCACCGUGCGGAUUUUCAAGAGUGUCACUCUAGUCUACGAAUCCGGCAUGGUCACGCUGGAGUGGCUGGCCAACCCUUUGAACGACAUGUACGCCGACGUGGUGACCACGGUGGUUCUGGAGGUCCAGUCCAAUCCCAACGCUCAGAAGAUCCUGGAGGCGCGGCCCGAAACGUUUGACCAGGAAGUCUUUGUGGAAAGACUGGAACUUAUGCUGCAUGACAUGUUCGGGGAGGACUGCGUCCAAUUCAAAGACGGCGACAAAGUGACGGUCAACGUGGACGGCGCUUCGGCUCACGUGGACCCCGAGACUCGCGAGGUGACGUGCGUCGAGGACGAGUCUCUGAAGGACAUGCUGGAGGUUGCCGUGCAUCGGCUGUACGAAGCUCUCAACCCCGUCUGCUGA